GGAUGUGAAAUGAACCUUAAAAUGGCGACUAGCCUGUUGCAGUGUGAUUUAGUAUAGACACGGUUGUGCUGAAGUAAUUUUUUUAAGGGUAAAAAUACUAUAAAGGAUAUUGCAACUCGGGCAGUAGCGAAACAAAAUAGAUAUACUUUGAUCCUUAUUCUAUUGUUAUGAAAAAUAAUCAUUGCGAUGAGGAAGUGAUUUGCAGAACAGCUGAGAGCAAGUGACCUAACUAAACUAAGCAGAUGAACAACUGCUGAGGGAAAUCCGGAAGUUUUUUUAACAUUUUCAAUUUGGCUUUGCUUUGGUAUGCAUAACCAUAUUCAGUUAGCAUAAAAUAUUUGUCUAAUUUUCAUAAUAAAUUAGUAGUUAGUAGGCUAAAUAGGUCUUAACCAUAGACUAACUAUGCUACUAUACUAAUAAGUUAGUAGUAGUAGUAUUUAAUAAGACUUAGUAAACUUAGUAAUUUAGACAUUUUUGUGUAUGAUUGUUGUCAUUGACACAAGACAGAUAAGACUAGUUACUAGUUAAGUAAGAGUACUCUAAGUUGUGAGAGUACGACCAAGUGAAGCUGGCCUAUAAUUUCUAUUACUCUAAUGACUAGGAGACCUAAUUAGAGUUGGCUUAUUUCUAAUUAAACCUAAAUUAUUUGGGGGCCAUCCAUAAUGAAUAAAAAGUUGGAAGGAGGGUCCACAUGAGUCAUAGUCAUAAAAAUGUGUUAAUGUGUAACUUAUGAUGACGUCACUGUCGUAGUCGUAGGAAGGGUGGGGCGGAACAGUUUGCAUAGCAGCCCUUUUAAAAGAAAUCUAUUGAGGGGAAGAAUUUUAGACCAAUUGCAGAGUUUAUUUGUUGGGAGGGGGGGCAUCAAUAAUCUUUUCCCACCCAAGGGCAAGGGCCAGGCAGUUCCAACCCUAGCUUUGGGUUAUGGCAUGGACACCACUGGAUAAUGCAGAUGCCUUUGAUUUAAAAAGGGGGUGGGGGAGGUUUUCAAAAAAUAACACUUGCUCCUCUUUUAUUCCCCCCUCCCCCUCCCCCCCCCCUCUCUUAGUAUGAGUCUAAUAGUUACUUCUUGGUGAAACUUUGUCAUUGUUUUAGGACUCUUACUUUCUAAAACUAACUUAGGAAAUGGUUGUAUAUUCUAUAGGCGUAAAUGAUUUCUCAGGACAAUCUACUUUACAAUUUCUAUAGCAUAUUAAAUAUUAAACUGAAAACAAAUGUGAACAAAAUGUGAAAAAUUUAUUAUUAAAUAGGCCUAUAUAGGCUAUAUGUCGUUAGAAUUUAAAACAAUUAAAUAAAUGAUCGUCACUAGUCAUCUAGUGGUAGUUAGAGACAGAGAGUAAAGUGUUCACCUCCCAUGAGAAAAAGAGAGAUUGUGAUCCCUGGACAAUGCAUUUUUUUCUUCUUUUCCUAUUUAAAAAAAAAUGUUUAUCCUAUCAAAUGUUAUCGGAGUUCAAGGUAAAUUAAAUCAAAACUGAAAUAUCCGUCAAAUAAAGCUCGCUAUCUGAUGUACACAAGUAAUACAUACAUAGAGUUAAAGAAAUCUUAUAGUUUAUUAAUUUUUGGUUGCAAGGAUAGUGGUAAAUGCGGUUUGAAGGUAUAUAAAUAUUUUGUUACUACAUCUUAAUAUGUUCAAAAAGCGCAAAUUUUAAGUAUGACUGGACUGAAUAGUAUUUUAUUUCAUUCUUAAUUUGUAUUUUCAGUUUUUCUGGUUGUCUGCCUUCAUGAUUUUUUAACCAUGUUUGGCAAAAAGAAAAAACCUAAGGUCGAGAUCUCAGCUCCCUCAAACUUUCAGCAUCGUGUUCACACUGGCUUUGAUUGGGAGAAUGGAGUAUUUGUGGGACUUCCUGCUCAGUGGGCAGGCAUCAUUGAAGGCAGCAAAGGGCGACGUCGACCAAUAGUUGACCCAUCCACCAUAACGCAAACUGACGUAGAACCCUUAAAGGUAGUUAAUUUUUUUUAAAUGCAUUAAAAGUUAGGAUGUUGUUAGUAUCUAAUAGUUCUUAUAGCCAAAACCAGUGAUCUAAAUUAAAUUGCAAAUGCAAAUUUUUAAUAUCUACAUAAUAUAAAGAAAUGAGUUUGCAUUUACCUAUAUUAUGAAUAUUUCUUCUUAAAAAUUUUACAGGCGUUUUCAUACAUACCAAUAUAUUCAUUUGGAAAAAAAAAAGAAACUUAAAAUGUGCAUUAUUUAAAAGUAAUAACAACAAACAUUUUAUUUACUAAAUGAAUAUUAUUUUUUUAAAUGAUUUGUUUAAAUUUAUUUAGACAAUUAUAAGAGGACAACAAAAUGGACAUCCUCAAGGGAUCAGUGUUGCUAGAUCUAAUUCACUGCGACGUGAAAGCCCACCGCCAUACAGGAGACGUCCUCCAGGAAAUGAUUACCCAGCAGUACCAGAGGAUGAAAUGUUGCAUCAGGCACCUAGGCAAGAUUAUGGCAGACACCAAGGUUUCCCACAGGGUCAUCAACAGUAUCAACAACAGCCAGCAAAUCAAGGCCACAGAGACAGAGACCACGUAGAAUACCCUGGUGAAUAUCCACAGUCUCAAGAUCACGGUAGAUAUCAUUCUUCACAUCACCCACAACAGGAACAGGUUGAUCCCAGAGGUCGUGGGGUCAGUUAUUAUGACAGAGAUUACAGUUACAGUACUUUAGAAAAGCGACAGAUGAACCCAGAGUUUGAUGGGCGAAUGAACAGCUCAUAUGAUAGCCACCCCCGACAGGAUGGGGGUCAGCCUUCACGGCACAGUCAUUACGAUGACCGUUCCAUACCUCAUCCAAACAACGACAGAUUCCGUAUGUCCAAUGGUGCUUUGCCUUCAGCAUCCCCCCGUCAUCAGAGCAUCCCCCCAGCUCACCAGGAUCAGCCAAACUAUGCCAGCAUUUCCCGAUCACCAGCAGCACUACAGUAUGAAAGGGUGAGUGGAAAUGUCUUACUUGUAUCUUUUAUUGGCGAAGUCUUUGUCUAUUGCCCUCUACUGUAUUUCAAUAGUGAAGCACAGCCUGUUUGCCUCCUCAAGGGAUUUUUAUUGAAAUUCUCUUUGUUGUGUUCAUUCACUAGUAAAUGUAAAUGGUCAAAACUUUUAAGCUUUCUUCAUCUGUGUAAUCAUUGUGAUAUGCAUAUACUAAUGAUUAAAAAAACAUGAAUGUAAACAUGUACUUUCAUCAAAGCUUUAAUUAAUUAUUUCAUGGUAUUAGAAUGACUAGUCAUUUUAAAACCAUAUAUUAUUGGGGCAGCAGGAUCAGUCAGUUCUUUACAAACAUAUUAGAAACCUGAGAUGUAAGUUAUCAGAACAAUUGAGUUAGAUUGGACUUCAAAAAUAAGUAUCCAUCUCUGUAAAAGUGGGUGAAGCCCAUGCAAUGUAUGUGAUGUAUUGUACUGUAAUUCCCCAUCAAUAACUUGGGAAAGAGUAAGUCACAGCAAUACAUAAAAAAGUUCCAGUCUACAUUACUUAGUAACUUAAUUUUAUUUUUUUUAAUGGUGCAUAUGCUUGUAAUCUUACUAAGUUGACUAUUAAUCCAUUGUUUCCACAUAGGGAUCAAUAUGCAUGUACAAUUAUUAUAUUUCAGAGUUUAACAAAACUAAAACAAAUUAAGGAGCAAGCCUCCUUUUGAAAAUAAAUUCAGGUGCCAAGUAAAUUUUAUUAGAUGCCAUGGCUACCAGUCUAGUCCUUUUACAUAGUAAUCAUAGUAAUCCAUAGGAAAAUUAAGAAUGUUCAUUUUUAAUAAUAGGAUAGCAUCUAUUAUUCACUCAACCCCCCAUCCCCCCCCCCCCCCCUUUUUUUUUUCUUUUCUUCUUCCCUGUUCAUGUUAAGGGAGAGAAAAAGUGUAUCAAGUCUAGGGCAGGAGAGAAUAGGGUAUUAUCUUUACUGGGUUCUUCAACUGGCCAGGUUGUAGGGCUUAUCUCAGGGUAGUAAUAGGCUAAUCAGUUGACUUGCUAGGGUUUGAGGGGCUUGUGUGGGGUGUGGAAGCACCUGCCAUUAGUGUGUAGCGGAACAGCCAUAAUGACCUUAUCAUUAAUGGGCUCUUUGGGACAAAACUAUUUCCUUUAUAAAAUAAGAUCAAGUCAACAUUGUUACCACAUAAUUAAAGGCAGUUGAUUUUUUUAAAUUUGAAGCAUAAAUUGGUUUAUUUGAUGUUUUCUGCUGGCAACUUGAAUACAAGAGAACAAUUAAAAGAAACGUUUUCUUACUUUGAAUAAUAAUUUCCAUUAAUUAAUCUAAAGAUGAUUUUUAAAUAGAGUUUAUGUGAACCCUGGCAUUUUAUAAUGACUCCAUCACAUAUUUUAUAUCUUGAAUGUGUUCUAAAGCAUGAUGCCUCUACUAAGAAGGUUUGUAACCAUCAAAAGUCCUUAUAAAAUAGUAGGCACUAGUAAAAAAAAUACUAGCAGCAUGACUGAAUCCUUUAAUUCCACGACUCCGUUUUAUCCCUUCACUCACUGCAUGGUGUAGUGAUCCAGCAUUUUUUGUAUGUUUGAGGAGAGAUAAAGCAUUGUCUUCUUUUCAGGCCAAAGUUUUGAGAUCUUUACAGUACAUAUUAUUUAUACUAUCACAUAGCAAAGUAGCAAUAACUGAAAGUAAACCAAAGAAAAUGUAACUAAAUAUAGUUUCCAAAAGAAAAGGACACUUUCUGUAAUGUAAAAAGUUCACUUACUUUGAAAUAAAAAAAAAAAAAAUUGAAGAAAUUAUCAUUUAUCUGCAUUUUUUUAAUAUAUAUGAAUAAGACAUAUUAUGUCUUCAGUGUUUUUUAAAUUGUAAAGCAGUAAAUGUCUUUGUGCCAUACCCAGGUACAAAAAUAGAGGCUACUCUGAACUAGAAAUUUGCUGAAAGCCAGGUUAACAGUCAAGGCCUGAUAAGAAUUUAUGUUUCCCAUGUAAUGUGACACAGCUUUCCGUAUUUGUUCUUAUCCUCUCUAAAACCUCACCAGCAUAAUGAUCACCCACACCAGACAACUCUUGGAUACCAGCAAGGAGGCUCCCAACCAAGUCCUUCCUUAUCUAGUCCCCCACACUCCCCCAACAGACCUCCCUAUUCCCAGCAGUCUUCCCCUUCCCUGAAAUCCCCCAACCGGAGCCAGCAACAAGGACCAGGAUCAGAACAACAGCGCCUGUCACAUGAUGAGGUUUGACACUCUUCUUCCUAUCACUAUUUUUUUAAAGAAGUACUGUUCAAACUGUUAAAAACUCCAUGGUUCUAGUUUAGGACAAAAAAUUAACUCUUAUGGUAUCCAUGGACGAUAUUAGGUCAGAGUCAGUGCCUUUAUAAUCAUGGAUAUCUUGCCUGUGAGAUUUUCAGUAGAUCUCUAAUUUGAAUUGCUUGAUUAAGCAUUUGACCUCUUUAUUUAAAAGUUGCAAACUUGUUUAUCCCAUACCAAGAUUGAUAUCAAUGGGCAGUUUAAAAAUCAAUAUUCUGAAAUUUUUGUCAGAUCUAUAAUGUGUUAUGUUUUAAAAAAGAAAUCUCAGUUUGAAAAGUGCUGCCUUCAUGAUGCAUGUAGUUCUAUGUAGUGCUUAAAUCACUUUUGUCUGACUUUAUUUCUGUUGUCAAAUUGGUUGAGUCUGGUUGUCAUGGAUCAUUUUAAUUUGUAUAAAAUGAAGUUAAUUUAUAGGAACUGCAUUGCAUGUAUAUAAUGGUUUGGGUAUGUAUUAAAUUGAAUACCCACUAAUACAUGUAACACAAUGUCAUCUUAAUAAAACAAUGGGAUAUUUACAAAUCAUUAAUAAGCCUUAUAAGUUAGAGAUUUCAAGGGAACUGUUUCACCAGAUUUCAAAAGUUAUUAUUUCUUUAUAUUUACACUUUAUCCUCUAUGUAUUGAUACAGUCCAAUAGUGUUGAUGUAAAGAAACCUUUAGCUUACAUACUACAUCAGUCGAAUAGUGUUGAGGUAAAGAAACCUUUAGCUUACUUACUACAUCAGUCCAAUAGUGUUGAGGUAAAGAAACCUUUAGCUUACUUACUACAUCAGUCCAAUAGUGAUGAGGUAAAGAAACCUUUAGCUUACUUACUACAUCAGUCCAAUAGUGUUGAGGUAAAGAAACCUUUAGCUUACUUAUUACAUCUGUCUACUAGUUUUGAGGUAAAGAAACAUAUAGCUUACUUACUACAUCACAUGAUAACAAAAUUUAUGUAAAAAAUGCAAUACACCCAAAAGAUGUUAGGACUAGCCAAUCUUCUUAUAUUAUUCCAGUUCAUCUUUUUGAAGAAACAGUAGUGAUAUGAAAAACUUACCUUUUGCCUUCUCAAUGUUGGGGUUGGAAUUUGAGAUUUACUUUUUCAGUUUUAAACAUCUGCUUAACUCCAGUUCUAAAUUAAUUUUUAAAAAUUUGCUCAUGAAAGUGAAUGGAAAAUAAUAAUUAUUAAUUUUAUUAUUUUAUUUAAAAAAGGUUUAUUUAAAUCUAGAUUAUUUACUUAUCUUUUUUAAAACAGAGAUAAAAUUAAAGGUAUCUUUUUAUCUUUGUUUUAACAUUUACCUGCGAACUAUAUGUAAUGAUUCAAUAAAAUAAGAUACUUUUGUAUUUAAAAAAAAGAGAACAUUCAUUUCAUUUUUCAUUCGGGUGUUGAGAUUAGACGUUUAGAAAAGUCAACGAGAUGGGCCAUAAAUUAACACAGAAUGAAUUUAGGGUUCCUGUCAAGCAAAAAUAAUUUUACAAUGGGAAAGUAUCUCCUGUAUUAUUGUUUUUUUCUGAGUGGUGGCAUUUCUUUGGGGCAUUAAUUGUUCAUCUGCCUGAAAAAGGAGACUCAACUUUGUCCUGAUCCCAUCCAGCAAAGCCUUAAGUGCUAGUCAAUUGCACUCAUCAGUACAUCUAGGCAGGUAUUCAACUUUGAAGUAAAAAUCCUUCAAACGACAUACAAUGCAGUCAACUUGGCAUGUAUUUAAAAAUCACCUGUCUAUGCUGUCCAGACUUAUGGAUUUUAAAACAAAUUUCUCAUUUUCAUAAUUAACAUAUUUGCACAUUUGGGGCAUUUGUUGUUUCCAUCCUUUUGUGUUUAUUGUUUACAACUGAAGUUCUUUUAUCACUGAUCUCAUGUAUGACUGCAAAUGUGUGUGAGCAUUGCUAAAUAACCAUUGCUACACAAUCGACAACAUUUUAAAAAAAAUUAUUAUUUUAUGGUUGUAGUUUCGUCGCACUCUGCAAUAUGUUGUUAAUCCCGGCGACCCAAGGCAGUUUCUCGAUACUUUUCUUAAAAUUGGAGAGGGCUCAACUGGUAUUGUGUGCACUGCCAUGGACAAAUCACGUGGCAAACAGGUGGCUGUAAAAAAAAUGGAUCUGAGAAAGCAGCAACGAAGGGAGCUUCUGUUUAAUGAGGUGAGGUUUUGAUUGUCUUAUCUAAUUUACAUUGGCUCCAUUGUAGCAAUGGGGAAAAAGCUGUAAUAUCCAGUUGACUCAUUAUAUGUAAUUAUUUUUUGUGUGAAAAGUCAGAUUAAGAUAUGGAAAAGAUAUAAACAUUUUUGAACUAAUGUUUUAAAGGGGUUUGCAGGUCCUUUAAUUAAUGAUCUAAUACAUCAUAAUUUUACUUUUUCAGUGGUGUGACACUUCACUUAAAAACAAUUUGAAGGGGAUGCAGAGUAUAGUUAUUGUUUUAGAAUUUUACAAUAGAAUGCUUAGGCUUCUAAGUUUAAUCAUUUGUAAAUGAUGGAUAAAAAAGUUAAGCACUAGAAGACAUGGCAGGGGUAAUAAUAAAAGCAUCUAAUGUUGCCCUACUUGCUUCCUGCUAUUGCAAAGGUUCAACAUCUAAUAAUCCAAUUUUUGCAUGUGUAACUGAAUCAGGUUUUUAUGUUUUGUAUCCUGAAAAUAUGACAACUUUCCAUCCCCUUGAAAUAUAUAUUUUGGAAAUGGUAAAUCAGAUUUUAAUUAUGUUUAAAGAAGUAUCAAGGUAUAGAUGUUUAUUUUUCUAACAUCAUUGGAUUUUUUUAGAAGUUUUUAUCUUCUUUAUAAUUUAUGCCCACCCAACACAAUUCUCACCCCCCUAACUACAAAGUAAACAGAUUUUCUAAAGAUAAUAAAAUCUAAGUUUUUAAUAAACAUUUUACCCCUGGAAUGGUAAACACACCCCCCCCCCAGUAAUUAAAGUUUGUAAAAGACGAGGGGAGAGAGAGAGAAAGGGAGGAGGGGGGGAAGGAGGAGAAGACGAAACAGAAAGAAGAACCUGGGGGAGAAAUUUUCUAAAGAUAAUAAAAUCUAAGUUUUUAAUAAACAUUUUACCCCUGGAAUGGUAAACCCACCCCCCCCCCACCCCCCCCCGCUACAGCACUCUUUUUGAACUCCCCCCUAAUCUAUAAUAGAUACAGGUUAUAGAGUAACAAAACUUAAAAUCCUACAUGACGAAGAUUGAUUAAAAUGUCAAGAAAUUAGUGGACUUAUAAGUUAAAUUAAUUUGUUUAAAUGUAUAAUAGAUUAAAUAGUGAAUGUAGACAAUUUUUAAAAAGACAUUGUUAAAUGGAAAAGUAAUAAUGGUGUUUCAGUUUCACACAGAUGAUAUAAGAUUGAUGAAUUUAUGUUUAAAAUGCAGGUGGUUGUAAUGAGAGACUAUCACCAUCCCAACAUUGUGGAGAUGUACAACAGUUACUUGGUUAAUGAUGAGUUGUGGGUUGUCAUGGAGUUCAUGGAAGGUGGAGCUCUCACCGAUGUUGUCACACAUAGCAGGUGUGUGUUAUUUUAUAUCAUGCAGGCUGGUUUUUGUUAUGCAUAAUGAUUAACUAUGUAUGACACUACACACAUGUGGUCAUAUUUUUUAAUGUUACAUUUUUUUCAAAAAACCCUUUAAAAAAAAAUGCAGACAUAUAAAAGGAGUAUGGUUUUGAUCAAUUCAAAAGAAAUGUUUUAUUAGAAAUAUGAAAGCUUAAACUAGAGUAAAACAGAGAGGUGAAUCAGAACCUAGAAAUAUUUUUAUUUGGAGAUUUUAAAAAAGAAAAAACUAUUAAACAAACAACUCUCAUUUCCACUUUAAGAAUUUCAUUUUUAGAAAAGCUUAUAGUGUUUAUAAUAAAGAUUUGAAAUGAACGAAAGCCAAGGCAAAUAAAAUGUGUUUUUAGUUAGGAUGAAGAUGCCGUAAAAAAUAAUUUAAUUCAUGUCAGUAUGAAUUAUAUAUAUUAAGUACUAUAAAGGUAAAAUUUUAAUUGUGUUGUUUGAUUUUUUUUUUCUUAUGUUAUUUGACACUUAAAUGGGAUCAAAUGCCUCAAAUCAUAAAAGAACCGUUUCCCUAAUGUAAAAUGUAUUGAAAUUGUUGUUUUCAGAAUGGAUGAAGUUCAGAUUGCCACAGUGUGCAAAGCUUGUCUUAAAGCCCUGGCUUUCCUCCACUCUCAUGGCGUAAUUCACAGAGACAUUAAGUCAGACUCCAUUCUCUUAUCACAUGAUGGAAAGGUGGGUAAUGGCUGCUUAGAAUCAUGGUCCUUACAGUGAAAAGAAAUAUCUCUACCAUUUCCAGGAUUAUUGUGUCCAUCAUUAAGUAAAUUAAAAAUGAACAAUUGUAUUUAUUCAUGGGCUGUUUAUUUCUCUCCUUCAACAAUUGAACAGAUGUUUAUGAAGUCUUGCGUAAAACUUAAUGUUUAGCUGCAACUAGGACCAAGAGUCCCUGUUGCUUUUGGUGCGUGUUGUUUUAUAAACAUAACAUGUGAAUGAUGAGUGAUUUCUCAUUAUUUUGUCUUUCUAUCACCAGGUAAAGUUGUCUGAUUUUGGCUUCUGUGCACAAGUAACACCAGAUCUGCCUAAAAGAAAAUCCCUUGUGGGAACUCCCUAUUGGAUGGCCCCUGAAGUUAUCUCAAGGCUUCCCUAUGGACCAGAAGUAUGAAUCAUUUACUCAUCUUUGAACCUUCCUUGUUUGUACAUAUGCUAUUCACAUUGUGCCCUAAUUAAUUUUUCUAUGAUCUAAGAAAUAAUAAAAUUUAGACCAAAAUGUAUUCACUAUUUAUUAACAUAUGUUAAAUAAAUAAAAUACAUUCAAUUUUAUAGUUUUUAUAGGAAUUAAAUGUCCUACACGUGACUGCCUCCAAAUAAUUCUCUCAAAUCAUUGAACACAAAAAUAUAUCAGCUUAUUUUGAAUAAUUAAUACAUUUUCUAAUUUAAAAUUGAAAAUAUCAUACCAGCAAAAUUUGCAUUUGUUAUGCCCUUCUAAAACACUAUAGCGUUAUGAUUUUUGUGUGCAUUAUUGCUCAUGAUUUUCGGUCAUGUGUGUAUGUUGAUGAGAUUUGUGAAUUGUCAUUUUUGUUUAGGUUGAUAUCUGGUCUCUGGGAAUUAUGGUCAUUGAAAUGAUUGAUGGAGAGCCACCAUUUUUCAAUGAGCCCCCACUACAGGCAAUGAGGCGCAUCAGAGAUAUGCCGCCACCAAAGCUCAAAAACACACACAGGGUAAGUGGUCCAUUAACAAUUUACCUAGGCAAUGGGAGCCGAUGAACAAUUUACCUAGACAAUGGGAGCCGGUGAACAAUUUACCUAGACAAUGGGAGCCGGUGAACAAUUUACCUAGGCAAUGGGAGCUGGUGAUCAAUUUACCUAGGGAAUGGGAGCCGGUGAACAAUUUACCUAGACAAUGGGAGCAGGUGAACAAUUUACCUAGGCAAUGGGAGCUGGUGAUCAAUUUACCUAGGGAAUGGGAGCCGAUGAACAAUUUACCUAGACAAUGGGAGCCGGUGAACAAUUUAUCUAAGCAAUGGGACCCGGUGAACAAUUUACCUAGGCAAUGGGAGCCUGUGAACCUGACCUUUUAGAUAAUUUGCUCAAAUAGACUUAUUAUCUUUGUAGCACUGGUAGAAAUCAGCUAAGAAUUUUUUUUUUUCCUUUCAAAAAUGAAAAUUGUCUAUGCUUGAGUAGUUAUGUUGCUUCAAUGGUCAAAUCAAUACUAAAAUUAUAGCAUGCUCUAUGUAAAGGAAAUGUUCAUUUAACUGGGAAUAGGUGGAUUUAAUUUAUAUUAAAAUUAUUUGUACAAAUGGGCUUUAUAAAUUAUAAUUUAAAUUUGUUUACCAUCAUGGCUGUGUAGAUGAUAUUGGUUGUACCUUGUUGUUGACAGGUUUCCCCGCGGCUGCAAGGUUUCUUGGACAGGAUGCUUGUUCGUGACCACGCACAGAGGGCUACAGCGGCCGAGUUGAUGCAGCAUCAGUUUCUGAGGGAAGCCGGUGCACCAUCUUGCCUCGUGUCUCUGAUGCGCACCACCAGGCACAGCCCUUGCUAACUGUAAGACCCGUAGACAGCAUUGUUGGGACGAUCCCCUGACAAGGGCCCCUUAAAACAAUAUCUAGAUGAACCCUUAAGUUUGAAAGGAAUUCACCUUUAGCUUUGGAUAUGUACUUAAUUUCAUUACUGCAUUGGUCAGCACAUCUACUGGACAUGGAUGAAGGUAACCUGACCUGAAAUGUGUUUGUGUUUACAGGUUUUGCCUUUUUAGUGUAAACAUGACCUUAAUGAGUGGUUCAAUCAAAAAGACUAUGCACCAUCAGUUCUUCAGAAGCAAGCAUUUUUACCAUGAAUUGUUUCAUCUGACACAUUGGUUACCAACUGACAAUAUUUUUUUGUAAUGUCCACCUGAUAAUUAGUAGCUAGGUCAACAUUUGUUAUACAGUGGCUUCUAAGUUAUUUAUUUUCAUCAAGUAAGCAUGUAAAUGUUCCUUGGUAGUUUUAAUUUAUAUUUAUAGUAUUAUUAGCUUUUAAAAAAAAAUAUUCCUGGUUUUUAAUUUGUUCAUAAAGGUUGUCUUAUAUAUAUCCUGCCCUCUUUAUUAUAUUUAUGAAACGGUUGCUUGAGUAUGUGUAUGAUUCACUGUAUUAUGUUAAUUAAUACCCUACUCAUUACUGUUCACAGUCCAAACAUUAUAUUAUAUUGAUUUAGUCUCAGUUGAUGAGAAUGCUUGUUUAGUUCUCUUUAACUGGUCACCCCCCACAUUUUUAUACAUAUUUUUUUUACCAAUGAGGUUCUCAAAGGUUGUGAAUAUUUUAAUUUGUUUUAUUUUCUAAACAAUAAUUUUUCAAUUUACACUUAAAAAUUUGACAUAUCCAACUGGUUGUAAAUUGAUUUAUUUAUGGAAAGAUUUCCUUGAGUUAGCACAUCCUGACAUUGAGGGGGGGACACUGCAUGAAAAUAAAUUUAAAUUUCCCCCCCAGUUGAUCAGAUAUUUUUUAUCGCCUGUUUUCUGUGUGAGAGCCGAAUGAAUUUAAAAUUAUUAAUUUUACAAAUAAUUGUGAGUUUUUAAAUAUGCUUUUUGGUUCAAAUUGGCUCAUGCCUGGUUGUUACAUGUACAGCAGUCAAACCAACUACACCGUCUUCAUUGCCCUUUUGCUGUCAUCCCCUAGGAUAGGUAUGGGCAAGUUCCAGGUGUUGGCCAGAUUUUUAUGUAAACUAACAUUUCAAAUUUUUAUUUUCUGAUCUGGGUGUUUGGCGUCAGAUUUAAAAUUUGUCUCGGUCGAUUAGGGAGAAGAUAAGCACAAAAGUUUGUACCAUAUUACAUCAGACCUGUUUACUUUUAGGAUUUUGGCAGAUGACGUUCAAUUUUGAGAUGUCUUUUAUGAUUGUAUGGAGGGACCCAUCAGAACUAUGAUUUUAAGGGACCGGGUUGAAAAUAUAUACAUUCCGGUAGUUUUUUUCAGAUAAAAAAAAAUUAACAAAUCUUGGGGUUGUUAGUUUUAACUUGCAUUUGCAUUCUAUAUUCAGCAGCGAAUGAAUUCAGAAAUAGGAUUAUAUAUACGGUAUGUUUAUAUAUUUUCUAUUAAGAUACUGUAUUGUACAAUUUUGAGAUGAUAUUGUACGAUGUUUGGAGGUAAGCAGGUCUGUUACAUGUGUUAAAGUUUUACUUAGUCUCACUGUGCUGCCACGGAAACGUUGUUUUCAUCAAUUUGUUGUUGGUAUCAACAUGUUUGGUUGUUGGUAUCAGCAUUUUUGCACCAACAACAAAAACAAUCAAUUUUGAACUAAUCCAAACAAAAAAAUGUGAUGGGAGGCCCUGGUUCUCUGUUAGAAUAUGUUGUAAGAAAGCUGUUGUUCAAUGCAAACAUGUCAUGAGAAAGCUGUUAUUCAAUGCAAACAUAUGUCAUGAGAAAGCCUUUGUUCAAUGGAAACAUGUCAUGAGAAAGCUGUUAUUGUUCAGUGUAAGUGUAAGCACAUUUCAUGAGAAAGCUGUUGUACCCUUUAAGGAUACAGCCCCUACCCAAUAAACCCAGAUGGUUUGUUUUCUCGCUCUGUUCUGUCAGCUUCCCCCCUGCACGUGUCUUCUUCAUGCCGCUACCAUUCCUGCUUCACGGUAUAUUUGAUCAUUUCCAGUCUUGUUGAUAUGUCUUCUAACUAUUGUUCAAUCAAGAGAAAAAUAAAACGUACACUGAUAUGUUAUUCCCUAUCUAUUGCCUUUGAUUCACUUAUGUAUGACAAGAAUUAUUCAAUUAUGUACCGGUCCAGUUUGUAGCUUGUAAAUAAUGAACAAACCAAAUUAUUUUCUCAUUUAUUGUUGACAUAUUAUAGUAUAUAGUGUCUGUUACUGUAUCUUUUAUACACGCCAUUAUUCUUGUUUUAUACAACUUUUGUACAAAUUUAUGUCAUUUUUAAGAAGUUGAAAUGAAAGGUCAUGGAUAGAAAAGGGAUGUGUGUUUGGUGAGGGGCUGUUGCAGAUGUUCAUCGUGUGCACCUGGCACGGAUGUUCAUUGUGUGCACAUAAGACCCAUCUUUUUGGUGAUGUCGGUGCAACUGAUCAGGGUGAGGAAUAUCUCAUUACUGUGAGUGUACACCCCAUGAAAUAUGUCUGUAUCUUGUCAUUUAUUUACAAAUGUGUAGCUUGGCUGAAUGACUAUCACUGUUCUGUUGUUUAAGAUAUUUCAAGAUGAAUCUGAAGCUGUAGUUAGUCAAAGGAAACUUGUUGAUUCUUAAGAAUUGUGUAAAUAAGUUGGUUAAUGAUUUGAAAUGUUUUGAAUGAAAUUGACCUUUUGGCAGUUGUCCCAUUCUGCAUUGAAAUGGACACCUUUAUUUCAGUCGGUUCUCCUAUUGUGCUUGUUGACUUUAUCAGGUUUGUUCUGAGCGGUCUGACUAGAAGCUUUGUAGUGCUGGUUCAGCAGAAACAAACAGUGUAGAUAUUAAUAAUAUUAUUGUAGAUUAGAAUGGUAUUGCUUGCACACCACAGGAACAAGCACCAACCAAAAUUAUUAAUACCCAUGUUCUCUUCUUCUUUAACUGUUGAGAUAAUAAACCAUGAAUACAUUAAAUCAUUCUUUCCACAUAGAACAAAAAGUGCCUUCCUAGAUAGGAUAUGUUAAAGUUCAAUGGCUGCCAAUUUCAAUGAGAGUGCUAAAAUAAAACAUAUAUUCAGUGAUUCUAAUGUGUGUCUCAUUUCAAAGUUUCUCAUUAUAUUGAUUACACAGUUUUAGCUUUUUUUUUUUUUACAAGUCCUUCCAAGUUUCAAUAUAAGCCUUAUGACCUUUGUUAUGCUUUCUUGGUUGUUUUUCACAAACGUUGUAGAAACUAGCAAUACAGCUGUGAAAAAAUAACUUUUUGUUUUAAAGUUUCUCAUUAUAUUGAUUACACAGUUUUAGCUUUUUUUUUUUUUUUACAAGUCCUUCCAAGUUUCAAUAUAAGCCUUAUGACCUUUGUUAUGCUUUCUUGGUCGUAUUUCACAAACGUUGUAGAAACUAGCAAUACAGCUGUGAAAAAAUAACUUUUUGUUUUACAAAACGCAAAUAGGAGUUUGGUCAGAACUUGUACGCGGUACUUGAAUAUAUUUCUGUCUGUUAAAUAGUGGUUCCUGCCAUUUCUCAUGCCAAACAUUCCCUGCUUAUUCAAGUAUUGUGAAGGCAGACAAAAUUGUUAAAUUGUGUGCUCUGUCAAUGUAUCCAUGGGACAGUCAUCGGUUCGUUGAUGGAGAGUUUGAGCAUCUGCAGCUAUUUCUCCAUGAGUACAGCUGUUUUUAUAGUCUGUGUGUUUCUUUUUUGUUUAAGGACAGUUUUACUGAUCUUGUUAAAACACUGUUUUGGAUCUAGCUAUAUUUCUAAAUAAUUCAUUGGGUACACAGCUGCGGUAUGCUUUGUAGCCCAUGGCUGCAAUAUGGCGAGGGUCACUGAACCAUACCUGGCCAGCGAGGGUCACUGAACCAUGCCUGGCCAGCGCCAGGUCAGUAACAGCACGUACUCCAAUAAUUCAUUUGAUGUUGACAGACAUCUGUUAAGCCUUAUUGAAUGGACAAUAUGUCUGGGUUGUAAUCAAUUGUAAGUAGCGCUCCUUGUCUGUUUCUCAUCAAGUUGUACAUAGGCAUGUUUGCUGCAGUUAAAAUUGUAUGUGGCUUUCAGACUUUUUAUUUUUCGUGUACCAUUUUAUGUUACUGUGUUGCACUACCGUGUGUUGUCUGUAGGUCUAUGACAGUAGAAACUGCUCUGUGAAGGGUUAAAACUAAAGCUGUUGGCUGUGUUGAUUAUGUUAGCUGGGUCAGUCAUUCUUUGUCUAGGGCCAACUGGGCCACAUUUCUUCAGACAACUGAAUUGACUUAUAAAACAGCCCAUUCCCCCAACUCUCUCCUGCCACUUGCUGCAUGUGAAAUGUUUGGGUAUAAUCCAUUAUAGCAGCAUUGACAAAAUCGAAAUAGAACGGACUUGAGAGCAAUUGUCUUCAUACCCAACUUUUAGCUUGUGAUAAUUUCAAGCUUGAAAUAAAUGGUCAUGUGAUGCAUCAACUACCAACAAUAAAGCGCAUUAAAUGACAUCUAAUGAAUUAUACAGUGGGAGUAUUACAGUAAACUGAUUGAGCUGUGGUUAAGGAUCAAAAUGAUUGAGUCGUGGUCAUGGAUUGAAAUGAUUGAGACUGUGAUAUGGGAAAUCAAAAACAAAACUUGCUUGUAAAUAUUCAUAAUUAGAUAUCUCCUUGCAUUUAGACAGUCUUCUAACCCCCUAAGUUUACCUGAUACCUGCACUAAAUUCUUGUUGUUUUUAAGUUGACCUUGGUUGUGUAGUGAUUGCUGGCUUGGGGGGGGGGAAGGGGGGUGAAGGUCAGUAUGUUUAGAAUAAUGUUUAGUUUAUCAUCAAGUUUGUUCUGCCCUUGUUUAUGUUAGGGGCUUUUCAAUCAUCUCUUCUAUUACACUUAUACAUAUAUGUAUUUAAGACUGAACAAAAUCUCUAUCUAUAACCAUAUAUAAAUAUUAAAACUUUAUAAGAAGAUGAUGUGAUCUGGUUGUUUGGGUGUUUAAGGUGACGUGGGACACUGUUGCAAGUUCAUGGUGCCAGUGCACUCCAGUGACAGGAGUCAAUGUUGGUGUGGUGACAUUUUAGCAACAGGAGCAAAUGUUGAUCUGAUUACUGCGUGUGUGUGACAGCUUAGGGAUAAAGAGUAUAUGUUGAUUUGAUUACUGUUUGGUGACAGAGUUUGACGCAUGACAUUGCCUGUACAUUAGCUACAUUAAACACACGGAGCAACUCUAUUACUGUAAGACUGCCCUCAAUUAAUCUCCCCUUGUAUUUUCAUUACAAAUAAUAAACAUGUUACUUUUGGAGAGUGGUUUUGUUUGUGU